AUGGGUAUUUUAGAUUUUGAUUUAUUUUCAUCAAAAUUUUAAUUUAAGCUAGGAGCUCAACAUUACAAAAAAGGUACAUUGCAAGGAAUUAUAUUUACUGUAUUUAGUACUGUUAUUGUUCUUUCUUAUUUCAUUUAUUUGAUGUAUCUAUACUUUAAUAAUUUAAUUGAUCCAUUGUUUAGAUCUCAAAGCUUCAUUAUGAAUAACAGAAUAGAUAUACCUCUCACUUAAAACCUCUUAGGGUUCAGUUUAGCUUACAAUUCUUCUAUAUCGAUUGAAGAAUAUCAAGCGCUUUAGAAUAAGACUUAUGUAGUCUAUAUUGUCUAAUUUUACUAUCAAGAUAGUACAAAUAAAGUUUAUGAAUAAUUCAAUCUUAAUCUUACUUAAUGCGAGGAUCCUUCACUAAGAGGCUACAAUUGUAUUGAUUUCUCUAAAAUAAGUAAUUACUCAAUUAUUCUUGAUUAAUAAAAUAAUGUUGAGUCUUAAUUAAUGAUUAAUUUAUAUGGCUGCAAUGACUUAGACAACAAAAAAACAACUGUCCCAGAUAACUGUGCUCCUUAAAGCGAAAUAGAUAGCGUUAUAAAUGGAUUAGAGGCUACUUUUUAAGUAAAACUAAAAGCUUAGUAAUUUAACACGACUUCUAGGUAAAUUUAAACAAAUUACAGAAAUACGUACCUUUACGGCCUGUCGAAUUAAUUCAUUUUAAGCACAAUAAAAACAUAAAAGUAAGAGACUAAGGUUAAUAAUGGGUUAUUAUUUUAGACUUAAGAGGUUUAUUCUUCUCCUAUUCAAUAUGAUUUUUAUAGCUAGACCUUUGAUAGAUAGAUUUCAUUGAAUUCAGGACUUGGACCUUACUUCUAAAUUUAAUUAGUCAUGGAUGAAAUAGUGCAGUAAUUUUAAAUUUAAUAUCCUACUAUUACUUAAAUAUUAGCACUUGUUAACAGUGUUGCAUCUAUGGUUGUCAUUUUUAGAGUUUUAGGAAGAAAUUUAUCAUAAAAACUAAUUUAAGAAGAUUUUUUUAUGGUAGUUUUGAGAAAUUUGUAUCAGGAUAAAUAUUAGUAGAUAGCUAAUUAAAAUAAUCUUUUAGAAAAAAGCUAUGAAAUAUCACUUGAAUCUUACAGCUCAAAAUUGGAAUAUACUGAUGAAAUUUUAGAAGAUUAAAGCAUAAAAAGCACAAAAAGCAUUAAAAUACCAAACUUUAAAACUAAAUCUAGAGAUUUUGUUGAAAAGUGUUAAAUUAAUAAUUAUUUGGAUAAUUCAAAAUAUUUAUUUACAAAAAAUAAUACUUUGAUCGCAGAUGAGUAGGAAUUAAAUAAUAAUUACUGUGAACUAAAUGAUUUAAGAAGUGGCAAAAAUCUAACAGUAGAUAAAUAAAAACCUCAAUAGUUGGAUAGAUUUAUAGAUUAGACAAAAUUUAAUGAUAAUAUAUAUAACUUAGCUUUUAUGAAAACACCAUAAACAGAAUCAAUAUUUUAAAAGAAUGAAAAUCAAAUUUCAAAUAUGUCUUCAAAAAAAAAAACUAUUAAGAAUAAUUCGCAAAAAAAUAUAGGAAAGAUAAGGCAUUAUAAAAUUAAAAGCAAUGGUAAGACUUUGAGAAGUACUAUUGAUUAGAAGUUGAAGGCCAUUAAUAGUAUUGAAAUUAAAAAAGAAAUUCAAAAUUUAUUAUUCAAAUUUCAGCUCUGUAAAUCAAAAAAAUACUUUUAGACAAAAUGUAUUGACCCCAAAUAAAUUAAAAAGAUUUAUUAACAAGCUAAUACAAAUUUAGAUAUUUUUGUAUUUUACAAAGACAUUAUUUUUUUGAAAAAAGCCAUUUCAAUGCUUUUACGAUAAGAUCAACUAACUGCAAUAUAGCUAAUAAGUCUCACAGAUAAUUAUUUGGAUAUAGAUUUCAGUUCAGAUUAAUUAUAAUCUAACUUUAGAGACAUCAAAAGCAAAUUGAAUUAUUUUGAAAAGCACAAUGCCAUAUUUUAGUCAGAAUAAUUGCAGUCUUAUUACAUAUAAAAAUUUCUUUUUAAAUGCUAGAAUGAAAAGAAUUUAAGUGAAAUAGAUCUAAGAAUACUAUUUUCUAUAAUUAAAAACUAACAAAAAUUUUGA